AUGGCCUCUGCUAUGCCUGACAAAGAGGAAGCUGCCAAGAGCUCCCUGGAGGUGAAGGAAGAGGAGCAGCAGGAUGCAGUAAGUCAGGUGGCUAACCUGACCUUGGUCAGCUCUGCCUGUGACAUGGUUUCUACAGCUUAUGCCUCCACUAAGGAGAGCCACCCCUACAUCAGAUCUGCGUGUGAUGCAGCGGAGAAAGGAGUGAAGAGUGUGACUGAAGCCACAGCCAGCCGUGUGCAGCCAGUUCUGACUACCCUGGAGCCUCAUGUUUCUGCAGCAAGUGAGUAUGCCUCCAAGGGUUUGGAAAAACUAGGGGAAAAGCUCCCACUCCUUCAAAAGCCAGUGGAACAGAUUAUCUCUGACACAAAAGAGCUGGUGUCAUCCAGAGUGGCUGAUGCAAAGGAUGCUGUGAGCAGCAAAGUGACAGAGGUGAUAGAUGUAACGAAGGAGACUCUUCAGAGUGGUGUGGAGGCUGCCAGAUCUGCAGUGACCAGCAGUGUGGGGAUGGUCAUGGACUCCAGAGUGGGCCAGACUGCUAUAAGUGGAGCAGAAGCUGUGCUGGGGAGAACAGAAGACAGCUGUCUCCCUCUUGGAAAUGAGGAACUAGCCAAACUGGCAGUAGCUGAGGAGGGUGCAGGCAUAAUGUCAGUGGAGCAGCAGCAGGAGACAAGGAGAUACUUUGUGAGGUUGGGAUCUCUCUCUGAUGAACUUCGCCUAUUUGCCUACCUGCACUCAACAGACAAAAUGAAGCAGAUCUGGCAGGGCAUGCGGGAGGCCCUUGCACAGCUUCACCGCAUUAUUGAACUGAUCGAAGUGUUUAAGCAAGGCUUUAAUCAAAAGCUUCGGGAGGGGCAGGAGAAACUUCACCAGAUGUGGCUGGACUGGAGUAGGAAGUCUUCCAAAGCGAGUGGAGACACAAGCUCUGCAGAGCCAGAGGACAUGGAGUCCCUGGCCCUGCUCAUGGCAUGCAAUAUCACACAGCAGCUGCAAAUCACCUGCUGUAAAAUAGUGUCUGCAAUUCAAGGCCUUCCCUCAAGCUUUCAGGAUAAGGUGAAACAAUCUCUUAGUACCAUAGAGGAGCUUCAUGCUUCUUUCUCAGCGGCAAACUCCUUCCAGGACUUGUCCAGCAGUGUCUUGACCCAGAGCCAGAGGAACGUAGCUGUGAUCCAGGAGUACAUGGAGGAGCUGCUGGACUACCUGAAAAACAACACUCCUCUGUCCUGGCUGGUGGGACCCUUCUCUCCCAGGGAGAAGGGGGUGGAAACCUCACAGGCAGAGGAACCCUUGCAGGAGAAGGAGGUGGAGACAGCAGGAGCAGGGGAUCAUGAAGCUUCCACCACCCUCCUGUAA